ACACUGACUCCUGCCAUAGUUUUCUUGCCCAUGAUCAAUCAAACAACUGUGGCAUUUGUGGUUGCCCACAUCUCGCGAGAGAUUGUUUCUUAUCAGAAAUCUUCAGCCUUACGUGGCGGCUCAUCGUGGUCUGUCUGGUGGACUCUGGGCGCCCAGGACCACGAGAAGCACGCGCCCAAGGUCCGUGUAUAAAUCCGAGAUCCCAGAUCUCCCCUUGGGCUUAUACAUUGCAAUCUCUCCAGGUCGAAGCUUUGCGCAAGAGGAUGCCUGCCAGUGGAAAAGAGAAGCCCCUCAAGGACGUCCCGGGCAGCUAUGGCGUCCCAGUCGUGGGAGCUCUCAAGGAUCGCCUUGACUUCUACUGGUUCCAGGGCGAGGUAGAGUUCUACAAAUCCCGGAUGGCGAAGAACCAGAGCACAGUCUUCCGUGUCAACUUCCCGCCGGGCCCGCCGGGCUUCCCCGAGGGUCAUGGCAUCGUCCUCCUCGACCAGGUCAGUUACUCCGUCCUCCUCGACAACGCCAAGGUGGACAAGCGCGACACGCUGAUUGGCUCCUACAUGCCCGACCUGGCCUUCACCGGCGGCUACCGUACGCUUCCGUACCUGGACACCGCCGAGGAGAAGCACACCACGUACAAGUCGCUCAUGUUCGAGAUCCUCCACGAGAGCGCGCAGCGAUUCGGGCCGGAGCUGAGCAGCGCCUUCGAUCGCACUGCCCAGGAGUGGGAGGCGAAGAUCGCCAAGGAUGGCUCGGUGGAGUCGCUGAGCACUGCUGGAAACAUGGUGAUCCAGUUCCUGUACAAGACGAUCACUCACCAGGACCCCAUGGCGACCAUGGGCGAUGAUCCACACUCGGUGUACAUGGCCUGGACGGGCGUCCAGUUCGCGGGGAUCGCCUACACCAGUCUCCCUCACAUCACCGAGGAGCUACUCAUGCACAGCUUCCAGCUCCCGUUCUUCCCGAUCAAGAAGAAGUACGAACAGAUCGUCGAGUUCUUCCGCUCCGCCGGGUCCGGGCUCUUGGAUCUGGCCGUGACCAAGUACGGGCUGGAUCGCGAGGAGGCGCUCCACAACCUCGUCUUCUCUUUCGGGAUCAACACUCGACUUGGGCUGCUCAAGAUGUUCCCGCCGAUCCUUUUCUUCAUCGCGCGAGCCGGGGCGGAGUUCCAGGCCAGGCUCAAGCAGGAGAUCCGCGGGAGGAUCAAGAAGCGCAAGGACGCGGCCUCGAUCCAGGCGCUGGGGGAUCUCAAGCUCGUCAAGGCCACUGUGCUCGAGGUGUUCCGGCUCAUGCCAUCAAUCUUCGUGGCGUUUGGGCGCGCGCGGCAGGAUCUGGAGGUGGAAUCGCACGACGCGCGAUACAAGAUCAAGAAGGGCGAGCUGCUUGGCACGCACCAGUACUUCGUGAUGAGAGAUCCGGUGGUGUUCAAGGAUCCUCACAGCUUCGUGCCGGAUCGAUUCAUGGGCAGCGAGGGCGCGGCGCUGCUGCCACACAUCGUGUGGUCGAAUGGGCGCGAGACGGACUCGCCGACGCCCACCAACAAGCAGUGCCCGGGGAAGAACCAGGCGGAGCUCAUCGCGGUCCAGUUCAUCGCGGAGAUGUUCCUGCGCUACGAUUCGUGGGAGGUGACGCAGGAGUCCAGCGUGAGCGCCACCAAGCUCGACGUCCAUCUCUGCAAGCUCGUCAAGCGAUCCUAGAGGCUCUCUACAAGAACCCUAGUUCUAACGGUCAUUUGACCUUUCAAUAAUCCUACUUUAUUUUAAUGCAAAUAACUUUGUUUGGUA